ACAUCCAAGCAAAAACCCAAGAUUCCAUGGCUUGUUCAUCUGCCUCAAUGCUUGCAAAGAGGGUUUCCUUAAUGGUUGCAGACCAUUCAUAGGUGUUGAUGGUUGCUUCAUAAAGUUGACAACAGGGCAGCAAAUCUUGGCUGCCACUGGAAGAGAUGGAAACAAUAACAUAUUUCCCAUUGCUUUUGCAAUAGUGGACAAGGAAAACACAGCAAGCUGGUCUUGGUUUCUUACUCAAUUAAAAUAUGCCAUUGGUGGUGAGUCAGGCAAGUUUGGCUACUACACUAUUAUAUCUGACAGGCAAAAGGGCCUUCUUACAGCCAUAAACAAUGUAUUCCCCAAUUGCAAACAAAGAUUCUGCCUUAGACAUAUUUAUCAGAACUUUCAAACUGCUGGUUUUAGAGGGGAAGAGUUGAAGAAAUACAUGUAUCAGGCAAGUUAUUCCUAUACUGAGCAUGGUUAUGUAACUGCAAUGGAAGGCAUGAAAAAGGAGUGUGAGCCAGCUUGGAAAUGGCUAUCUAGGAUACCAAAACAUACAUGGGCUAGGCAUGCCAUGGACAACAAUUGCAAAACUGACUUGGUAGUGAACAAUAUAAGUGAAGUUUUUAACAAGAUGAUACUUGAUGUCAGAGCCAAACCCAUUAGAACUAUGGUAGAUGGGAUCAGGACAAAGCUGUUAGUGAAGUUCAAUGCAAAUAGGACAAAGACUGAGACUGCUAAGUGGCAGAUAUGCCCAACAUAUGCUGAGAAGCUAGAGGAAGCAAAACAUCAUUCUAGGUUUUGUCAGUCUAUCAAAGCUGGACCUGAUCUCUUCCAGGUGACAAGUGGAGAAAGCACAUAUGCAGUUAACUUGUUGCUACAUACAUGUGGUUGUAGGAAGUGGGACAUGUGUGGAGUACCUUGCAAUCAUGGUGUUUCUGCAAUCAACAAGGCAAAACUACAGCCAGAAGAUUUUGUUCAUGAUUUCUUCAAGAAACCAAUGUAUAAGGCAGCUUAUAGUCCAAUAGUUUUCCCUGUGCCUGGGCCUGAUUUGUGGCCAAAGACUAGAACCCCUGACAUUGAACCACCAGUGUUCAAAGAAAAGCCAGGAAACAAAGAGACAAAGAGGAGAAAGAGCAAGUUUGAAAAGCCAGCUCCAAAGGAUACAUCUAGGAUGGGAACUAUCACUUGUAGCAAUUGCAAUAGGACUGGGCAUAGAUACACUAGUUGCAAGCAGGCUCUUAAACCAUCCCUAGCUAUGAGAAUGAACCAGCACCAGGUAACUAUUGUUGUAGGUUUUUGUACAAUUUCACAUACUAGUUUCUAA